UGGGCUACUUGCGGUAUUUGUUCUCACGAUUUUGUCCAAUCAACAUUGUUUUGCGAAAUUGUAUCAACUUCAUAUCUCUUUAUUUCUUUUAUUUUCUUGCUUUGUUUAUUUACAGUUUGUACUUUUUUGAUCUUUCUAUUUACUUUUUUUCGUCUUUUGUUUUUCAUGGAUAUAGGACGAGCUCGUGGACGGGCUGCCGGCCGAGGAAGAGGAGCCCUGACUGAAACUGAAGCCGGAUUCUUUGCGAGGGAUCCCAGUGCAGCUAUUGCUGAAAAUGAGCCGGCCCAGCGAGGUCGUGGAGGAUUUGUACGAGGCGAAGUACUUUGUACGAUCCCACCGGGUGUUACGGUGACAACAGGUGACAACCAAGGAAACUUGAAGAUCAUUACGAAUUACUUCAAAUUAGUGGUACCCAAGGAACAAGUGGUUCACUCAUACCGUGUCGAUUUUGAUCCACAAGUUGAAAGUGUGAGAGUUCGAAGAGGCUUGAUUUAUGAGAAUCGUGCUGUUUUCGACCGAGCGUAUGUUUUUGAUGGUGGAAAUGAAAUAAAGUCGAUGUGUAAGCUGGAUUCAACGCCUGUCACUAUAACUGGAACCCGACGUGAUGGUGCAAGUGUCACGAUGACAAUAAAGUAUACAUCAACUGUUUCUUGGGGACAUCCAGAAAUGUUGAGAUUAUACAACACUCAGAUGAGACGCAAUCUUGAAUAUUUGGGAUUUGUGCAAGUUGGCCGUGAUUAUUAUACUCCUGAAUUUAAAAAGAUCAUGAAAGAACACAGAAUUGAAAUUUGGCCUGGUGUUUUGACUGCGAUUGCCGAGCAUGAUGGUGGCAUUUUGAUGGUGAACGACAUGAUAAACAAAAUCGUUCGUCAGGAAAAGGCUCUCGACGUUCUCAAAAGAAUCAAAGAAAGGAAUCGAUUGCAAGAGAUCGCAAAUAUUGAAUUAUCUGGGUCUAUCGUAAUGACGCAGUAUAACAACAAAACAUACAGGGUCGAGGAAGUCAUGUUUGAUAAGAAUCCUAUAAAUUAUACUUUUGACCGCCGUGGAACAUCGGUUAGUCUGCGUGAUUAUUACAUCGAGCAUUAUGACCUGGCUUGUACUGACGAGCGACAACCACUGCUUUUGGCUCAACCAACAGAAAAACAAGUUAGAGGUGGAGAAAAAAAAGAUAUUCUCCUGAUUCCGGAAUUCUGCGUCAUGACGGGCUUGACCAAGCAAAUGGCUGAGGACUUCAAUUUCAAAAGAGCUCUCGGAGAUUUGACCAGACUUGACCCACUUGCUCGUGCACAGGCUUUGACACAAUUCAUCAGAAAACUCAACUCAAAUGACCGAGUAAAGGAGGAGAUGCGUGCUUGGGGAUUACAUUUUAGUGAAAGCUUGGUUGAAUUAAAUGCUCGAUCAUUGCCUCCUGAGAAAAUAAUCAUUUCGGGUGAUUCUGGUGAAUCCGUUCAAUAUCAGCAAAGAACUGGAAGUUUUGAAAGAGAAAUGCGAAGUAAACGGAUGAAAACACCUGUUCGUCUGGAACAGUGGGCUGUACUUUGCUUGCGAAACCAUAAAGCAAUGGUUGAUGAAUUUGUUGAGACUCUUAAGAGGAUUUGUGGACCCUUAGGUGUGGACAUGGGUCAGCCUAAACUGAUGCCUGUUGAAAAUGAUAGACCUGCUGGCUACAUGGAGGUUUGUAGGAAAAUUCCAGCAGGUGCUAAAAUGGUCGUCAUCCUUGUACCUAAUACCAACGCCGACCGAUAUUCUGCCAUAAAACGCUACUUUUGCGUUGAUGCACCAUGCCCCUCCCAAGUUCUUACCACCCGAGUGUUGGGAAAUAAAAAAAAUCUAAUGUCGGUUGCCACAAAAGUUCUCAUCCAAAUGUCAACAAAGAUGGGAGCCGAACCUUGGGGUAUCUCAAUUCCGCCGCGUAAUUGUAUGAUUGUUGGGUACGAUACGUACCACGAUACACAAAAGAAAGGCUUUUCUGUUGGUGGUUUUGUUUGCACCUCAAAUCCAGGAGCAACUAGUUGGUUUUCUCGCACUUCUUAUCAUCAAACUCGUGAAGAGCUUUGCGGAAAUUUUGCCAAUAAUUUCAGGGCCGGCCUCAAGAACUGGUCAGAAAAAAACAAUUCAUGGCCUGAGCGGAUAGUUAUUUAUCGUGAUGGUGUCUCUGAAGGACAAAUCCCGUUCGUCUACAAUGUCGAGAUGAAACAAAUGCAAGAUGUGCUCAAGGAAAAAGAAGGACUGGAUAAAAUUGCAUUUGUUUAUAUCAUCGUUACCAAGCGAGUAAAUGCACGAUUUUUCUUACGAGUUGGUGAGAGGGAACUACAAAAUCCACCCCCAGGAACGUCCAUUGAUUCAGUUGUUACUCGCAAACAGCGUUAUGAUUUUUAUUUGAUCAGCCAAUCUGUUCGCCAGGGAACUGUUAAUCCAACCAUGUACAACAUCAUUGCUGACAAUACCAAUUGGCGUCCCAUUCAUCAUCAACAAUUGGCCUACAAACUUUGCCACAUGUACUACAAUUGGGCGGGAACCAUCACUGUCCCAGCCCCAUGCCAAUACGCUCAUAAAUUGGCUUUUCUAACUGGAACUGCCCUGCACAGAGAACAUGAUACAAAACUUUCUCACACUUUGUUUUUCUUAUAAUCAAUGCAACUUUUCAUUUUUCAUUCAAUUCUUAUGUUUUAAAUCAUUACUCUUUUUUUUGCAUUGUUAAAGCUAUAAAAAGCUCCAAAAAACUUGAAAAUUACUAUCAAAUCUUUAUGUCAAAAUCGAUUACUAAUUUCUUGAUAUUUCUUUGAUCAAUAAAUAUUUUUCUUACAUUUGUUAA